AUGGCGGCGAAUUUAAGUGAAGUCGUGUUCGAUUUAAGAGGCCAAACAGAUUUUUCAGAGAGGGGAAAAACAUUUUGGAACGCAAGUGAACUGGAGCUGAAGUUUUCUUUUGAGCGGGAGUGGAUGAAGACGGUCAGGCGAGCAAAAAGACGACCAAACUAUGGUAUGGGGAAGAUGAAUAGCGGACUGGAAGAGGUUUGCGGCAACAAACUUGAGCUUUGUGGUCCACUGGUGGAUGGCUACCUUUUAGAAAUUGGAGAGCAGAUUGCUUCGAAACUAAGUCGCUCAAAAGCAACAUCAUUGGUAGGCCCAGUUGUCAUCUUCAUUCCGUGGCAGAUAUUUCGUCACAUAACAGUUUUGUUCAGGGGCUAUAGUGGAGAAGUGAAAUUUAAUGAAAGAAAAUAA